CCAGGUGCUGCUGCAGAUUGGACUGACCCGGGCCACAAAACACAGAGAGGGAAAGAAUUAACAUUGAAACGAGAAGAUCUGAUCAUGAGCUCAUCAAAACAAAAGGCGCUGGCAGCAGGGGCCUGUCUGCUCUGUGAGGGGAGCUGCUCCGGGUUCCAGCCACAUUCCUGGAGGAAGGCUUGCACUUCCUGUGGCUGCAGCUCCUCUGAUCACAUGACCAGUGAAGCAGAGGAGGACCAGCGAAUGGGACGGCUGCUUUCGGACACGCCCUGUGGUCACAUGACUCAGAAGGUGAAAGGGGGCGGCGGCUUGAGACUCUACAAACGAAACCGUCUGAUCGUCACCAACCCCCAUGUGUCCCGCAAAGACCCCAGCUUCAGCACCACGGCCUACCAAUGGGCCCCCAGCACCACACACAAACUGGCAAUGCAGUUUAUGGAGCUCCUCCCACAAAAAUGUCGCCCCAUAUGUGGCACACAGGGGGCGCUAGAGAGAAGCAGACAGUUACAGAUACAGCUUCCUGUUUAUGACCAGGACCCAAUGAAGUGCUGCAGCCUCUCCACUGAAGACCAGAUCUGUUCCAUGCUUCUGUUUGUGAAGAACUAUAAACAGGAAGUGCUGGGAGUGGGAGAAGUGGCUUUACCUGGAGAAGGAGGGGCUCUGAGGGAGGCAGCCAAUCAGAGAGCAGCGAAAGAGCAAGAAGCAACCAAUCAGAGCCCAGCAAAAGAACCCGAGCACAUUACGUCCACAUCCACUAAUGGGACAGAAGAAUAUCUCUGUUCUGGUUGCCUGGGCACGGUGAAUAAGGAUUCCCCUGUGGUUUUCGCUCAGAGGGAGGGAUAUGAUGCGCUGUGGCACCCCUCCUGCUUCGUCUGCUCCGUGUGUGGCCUGCUAUUGGUCGAUCUGGUUUACUUCUGGACCAAUCAGAAGCUGUUCUGUGGACGUCACUACUGCGAGAGUCAAAGACCGCGCUGCCAGGGCUGUGAUGAGCUGAUCUUCAGUGAUUCGUACCACUCAGGGAGUGGUGGUCGGGCCUGGCACAAAGAGCACUUCUGCUGCUGGAGAUGUGGACAGAGCCUGGACCAGAGCUGCCCUCACUCUACUUAGAUUGUAUAUCUCCAACAUAAUAUUCACUUCAGCACUAAACAAGGACUGAACAGGACAAAAACAGGACUAAACUAAGUCUAAAGAAGCACUAUACUCGGACUGUUAUUACAGGUUUUGUCAUAGAGAAAAUAUUAAUUGAGGUGUUUGAUUUGCACUUGCAAAGGUCAGACCUGUUUUUUGUUGUUGUUGUUGUUGUUUUUUUACUAAUUCAAACAUGACUAACAGAGAGAUAGAGAGGUAUUAACACUACAUGGAGUUUACUGGUGGUGGUGGUGAAUUAUGUUUUCAUUCGUCAGAAAGGCCACCUCUAAGGAUUGUUCCUAUCUCAUGAUAGUAUAGACUACAACUAAAACAGGGAAGUUGUUCUGGGGCUUAUUGUUCAUUAAGCUUAAAAGUCCUAUAAUAUUUCAAUCGAUGUAUAUGCCAAAUACAAUACUGGGUAUGUUUGGCUCUACUGCCCUGGUCUAAUUAAGAACUAGAAAAUCCUCCCAAAAUAUAUAUUGCCAUAACAGUAGAUUUGACUCUACAUGCAUUUUGCAUUUACAUUUUUUUUCUUUACUUAAAGUAAAGAAAGAUGAGACUAAAAUGCCCAAAGAACCAUGCUGUAUCUACAGUGUUCCACAUGUUGUAGAAACAGGGUAAAUGGAAAUGGAGGCAAAACCCCAUAAACAUCAGCACUUACAUGUAUUAUUUAAAGUUUUUGUAUAUUUCAACCAAUACUGAAAAUUGACCUGUGUUAAAACCCUAAGCCAGCUGGAUACAAAGUUAUUCCAUGACGUGUGUGGUACUGUGGUUUAGUGGUUAAUCUUUCUUAAAUGUGUUACUGGAAGUAGAGGUAUGUUUCUAUUUAAAUCUGGAUUUUAACUGGUAUAACUAACACUAUGAUUUUUUUGCAGUGCCCAAUACUGUGAAAAUGUUGUGGAAAUGUUGUUACUUUUUGGUUUUCAUUAAGAGGAGCAGUGAGAUAAUGACUCGUGAACUGGCCCAAGAUCAAAUCUGGAGCACAGUGUUUUGAAAGGGAUUCGUCUAUCUUUAUGAACUGAACUAAUUUCAGUUAAUAAAAACUGGAUCAGAAUUAA